AUGCAGAUUGUGCAGCGUCUCAUUGCUUCCCGCAGCACUGGCACCUCGCAGACGCCGAUUGCAAAGAAGUUGAAGCAAACCAAUUUGAAAAAGUUUCUCAAAAAACUGAAAGAAGAUGUUAAAACGCCGAGCUACUCCGCCGAUUUGAAACAGUGGCGAGAAAGCCAUCUGGCUGAGGUGCUUCCUUCUUCGAGCACCACCUCUUCCCUCAAAAGCAUCGCCGUCCGGGGAAGCACCGCGGCCGAGUACCGCAUCAACGAGCAACAGGUGCGCAUUGAGAACUCCGCCAACAUUGGCCGUCACUUUGUGGCGAACGGGAUCAUUCCCGCGGAGACGGUCAUCCUUCAGGAGCGACCGAUCAGCCUGGCAGUGCAGCCCACAGUGCUCGGAGUGAAGUGCACCGCCUGCUACCACGACUUGGGCCACAGGUAUGUGCCCUGUGAGGAGUGCACCCGCGCCGUCUACUGCGACAGCGGUUGCGCCCAGGCGGACGCCCUGGUGCACUCCACCACCUGCGGCGGCAUGAAGGAGCUGCUCUACGAGAAGGUGGGCACUUUUGCCAUGCACCUCCUGCAGUUGAUCACUCGCGUCGGAGGGCCAAAGGAGGCGUUGGAGAUUCAACGCAAACUGGCUGACGAAGGCUACAGCAUUGAUCAGUACUUGGAGGAGAAGAAGGCAUUGCUUUCAGGUAAGGACAAAAAUGUCUUACUGGACCACCAGCUGUCUGUUGUCGACUACAAGAUGGCCUGCAUUCUGGCAAGCAAUGAGGACAAGCAGACGCUGGAGUCGCACGUCAAGUACACGGUGAUGGCGCUGGAGACGGCCAUUGCCAUCAUCUUCGUCUCAGAGAAAGAAGGUGACAAUGGUCACCUUCUGGAUGAAACUGACUUUCUAGUGCCCUUUGCCGCCCGACUGACCACUAACCUGCGCCAGCUGAGCUACAACGUCUUUGGGUGGACUGACUGGGCGCUGGACCUGUACGUGGGCAACUGCCAGGCGCUGGUCGGCUCACUGGUGAACCACAGCUGCGUGGCCAACACCAAGUGGGAGUGGAAGGACGGCGUCAUCAGUUUCGUCACCAAGCGCGAGGUGGCCGCCGGAGAGCACAUCACCAUCUCCUACGGUCCCAGCGACUGGCAGUCGUACAGCACUCGACAAGAG